UCAUCUUCCCCCAAAUUCGAGCGGGAAAAUUACGCAAACAACUCACACACAGAGUUAGUUAAUUAUUUAUUUUAAAAAAAUGGUAAAUAUGAUGGAUCAAGAUCAACAAUGGCUGAUAAACUCACUGAGUGCUACUCUUGAUACUAAUCAACAAGCCAGAUCUUUUGCUGAAGCUUCUUUAAACCAGGCUUCACUUCAACCUGGUUUUGGAAGUGCUUUAUCAAAGAUUGCUGCUAACAGGGGUCUUCCUUUAGGAUCUCGCCAAUUAGCUGCGGUUCUACUAAAACAGUUUGUUAAGAAACACUGGCAGGAGGACGAGGAUGGUUUUGAACAUCCUGUUGUUUCAGUUGAGGAAAAGGCAGUUAUACGUGGUCUUUUGUUGCUCUCACUGGACGACCCGCAUAGAAAAAUCUGCACAGCUAUUAGUAUGGCUGUAGCAUCAGUUGCACACCAUGAUUGGCCAGAUGAAUGGCCUGACUUAUUUCCGUUUUUGAUGAAGUUAAUUAAUGAUCAAAGUAAUACAAACGCAGUGAAUGGGGCUCUUAGAUGUUUGGCUCUCGUCUGUGCGGAUUUGGAUGAUAAACUGGUGCCUAGAAUAAUACCAGUAUUGUUCCCUUGCUUGCAUGCUAUUGUUUCAUCACCUCAGAUCUAUGACAAACCAUUGCGCACUAAGGCUCUUUCCAUAGUUCAUUCCUGUAUAUCUAUGCUGGGGGUUAUGAGUGGUGUGUACAAGACAGAAACAAGUGCAUUGAUGUUACCGUUGGUCAAAACUUGGAUGGUCGAGUUUUCUUCCAUUCUAAAGAACCCAGUGCAAUCUGAAGAUCCAGAGGAUUGGAGUAUCAGAAUGGAGGCUUUAAAGUGCUUGAGUCAAUUUGUUCAGAACUUCCCAAGCCUGGCAGAAAGCCAGUUCAUGGAGAUUCUGGUACCAUUAUGGCAAACAUUUGUGUCAUCUCUUGGUGUAUAUGAACGAUCAUCAAUUGAAGGACUCGAAGAUGCAUAUGAAGGAAGAUAUGAUUCUGAUGGUUCAGAGACAAGCCUUGAGUCCUUCAUCAUCCAAUUGUUUGAGUUUCUGCUAACUAUUACUGGUAGUAAAAAGUUUGUGAAGGCAUUUGGAAGUAGUAUCAAAGACUUGGUAUACUAUUCUAUUGCUUUCAUGCAAACUACUGAACAACAAGUCCACGCUUGGUCCCUGGAUGCUAAUCAGUAUGUUGCUGAUGAAGAUGAAAAUACUUAUAGCUGCCGUGUUUCGGGCUCUCUUUUGUUGGAAGAGAUUGUAAUAUCUUGUGAAAAUGAGGGAGUUUAUGCUAUAUUAAAUGCUGCUAAACAAAGGAUUGACGAGUCUCAGCAGGAGAAGGCCAAAGGCUCUGCUGAUUGGUGGAGGAUGAAGGAGGCCACUCUGUUUGCUUUGUCUUCUGUGUCAGAACAAUUGCUGGAAUCCGAGGUUUCUGGCCCUUCUGGAGUCAAUAUUGGGAACCUUCUCGAGCAAACUUUGACAGAAGACAUGGCAGCAGGUGUACAUGAAUUUCCUUUUCUCUUUGCUCGUAUGUUUUCAACAAUUGCUAAAUUCUCAUCUGUGAUUAACCAUUUUGUUAUUGAUCAUCUUCUCUAUGCGGCUAUCCAGGCAAUAGGCAUGGAUGUACCCGCGCCUGUCAAGGUCGGCGCAUGUAAUGCACUCUCCCAACUUUUACCUGACACCAAUAGAGCAAUACCGCAGCCUCAUAUAUUGGCCCUGUUUUCAUCACUUACAGAACUCCUUAAGCAGGCAUCUGAUGAGACAAUGCAUCUUGUCCUUGAGACACUGCAAGCGGCUGUUAAGGCAGGCCAUGAAGCUGCAUUGUCCAUAGAGCCUGUAAUUUCUCCUAUUAUACUUAACAUGUGGGCUAUGCAUGUUUCUGACCCUUUCAUAAGCAUUGAUGCACUUGAGGUUCUCGAGGCAAUAAAAAACGCUCCUGGGUGUGUUCAUCCUCUUGUUUCACGUGUUUUGCCAUACUUGAGGCCUAUCCUCGACAAACCGCAACAGCAGCCUGAUGGUUUAGUUGCUGGUUCUUUGGAUCUUCUGACGAUGUUACUCAAGAACGCUCCUAUUGAUGUGGUAAAAGCAGUUUAUGAAGUCUGUUUCGAUCCAGUUGUGCGUACAGUUCUUCAGAGUGACGACCACGGUGAAAUGCAGAAUGCAACUCAAUGCCUUGCUGCUCUUGUCUCUGGUGGAAAGCAAGAAAUGCUCGCAUGGAGUGGUGAUCCUGGUUUUACCAUGAGAUGUCUGCUAGACGUAGCUUCAAGGCUUCUUGAUCCAGAUCUAGAGAGCUCGGGAUCCCUUUUUGUUGGAAAUUAUAUUUUGCAACUUAUUCUACAUUUAUCCUCGCAAAUGGCACAACAUAUUAGAGACCUUGUUGUUGCUCUUGUUAGGCGAAUGCAGUCCUGCCAAAUUGCUGGAUUGCGAAGUUCAUUACUGCUUAUUUUUGCAAGACUGGUUCACAUGAGUGCACCACAUGUUGAACAAUUUAUAAACUUGCUCAUCACUAUCCCCACUGAAGGCCAUACUAAUGCCUUGCAUUAUGUUAUGUCAGAAUGGACUAAGCAGCAAGGAGAAAUUCAAGGGGCCUACCAGAUUAAAGUGACAACCACAGCUUUGGCAUUACUAUUAUCGACCAGGCAUGUCGAGUUUGGAAGCAUCAAUGUCCAAGGUCAUUUAAUGAAGUCCUCUGCAGGGAUUACCACUCGUUCAAAAGCCAAAGUUACUCCUGAUCAGUGGACAUCGAUUUCACUUCCUGCAAAGAUUCUUAGUAUAUUGGCAGAUGUCUUGCUUGAGAUUCAAGAACAAACUCUAGAAGAUGACAAUCAGGAUAGUGAUUGGGAAGAAGUUGAAGCAGGAGAUGCCGAAAUUGAGCAAGAUUUGCUUUAUUCAGCCGGCGCUACAUCCUACAGCAGACCUUCACAUGGUUAUCUAGACGCCAUGGCAAAAGCCUUUAAUGAGGAUGAAGAUGAUGGUUAUGAUGAUGACCUACUAAGUGCUGCUGACCCACUCAACGAGAUUAACCUGGCAAGUGAUAUCUCCACCUUCAUUCGUGAGUUCUCUCAGGGAGACCAACCUCUUUUUAACCAUCUUAGCCAGAGUUUAACACAGGCUCAGAAAAAAGCUGUACAAAUGGUCUUGAGCCGGUAAGAUUCAUCACUGUAUCAUCAAUAGAAGAACUUUCAUUUGUAUGUAAUAUUCCAUUUGGGUGGAUAACGUAACAUCCGAGUUUGUACAUUACGGGUUUUUUCGUCUUCAUUUUUGUUUCUCUACCCCCGUCUUUUUUAUGGUAUUUUCUUUGCGUUGGUGAUGCAGACUGCAGAGUGCUAGUGUUUUUUAGUUUAUAAAAUGCAUACACUCGAAGGCCAUUAUCUAUUUCUUUAGGUCUAUAUUAUACGUAUUUCCCAGGGAGGAAUUCUUUCAAUCUAAACUGGAUAUUAAAUUGGAAUUUCUGGUUUGCUCUUCA